CAGGCUCUACCACCACUGAUACAUCUCCAUCGUAGCCCCACUUCCCCUUUCUCUUUUCCUCUUUUUAAUAACUUGCUCUGCAAAUUGAAUCCUUUGCUCCUAUGCCAGCAAGCACCAAGCACAACGAGGCUCACAUAAAUAAAUCAACUCAAACAUGCACACACACACCCUACAACCACCAUCACAGUUAUAUAUAGUCAAAUUUAGAGGUAGCCGUUUUUCAAAACUGGCUAACUAGUUUAAUUUGUUGCCUUGCCUGCAUUGUAGUUCCAUAUAUAUAGAGUGGUGGAUAUAUAGAUAUAUAUAUAUAGCGUACGAAUUGCACACCUCAGAGAUAUGGUAAGGGCUCCUUGUUGUGAGAAAGUGGGAUUGAAGAAGGGAAGGUGGACAACGGAGGAGGAUGAAAUUUUGACCAAGUACAUUAUGGCCAAUGGAGAAGGUUCGUGGAGAUCAUUGCCGAAAAAUGCAGGAUUGUUGAGAUGCGGGAAGAGUUGCAGGCUAAGGUGGAUUAACUAUCUAAGAGCUGAUCUCAAAAGAGGAAACUUUUCUGUUGAGGAGGAAAGUACCAUUCUGAAGUUGCAUGCUUCGUUUGGCAGCAGCUGGUCGUUGAUAGCAAGUCAUUUACCUGGAAGAACAGACAACGAGAUAAAAAACUACUGGAACUCUCAUUUGAGCAGAAAAAUUUACACUUUCCAUGGGAAAACAACUUCUAAAGGCAUCAUCACCCUACCUCCUCGGCGCAAACGUGGUAGAACCAGCCGCUGGGCCAUGAAGAACAAAAACCAAAAGGGUAGUAGUAGUACACAACAACAACAACAACAAAUUCAUCAUCAUCUCAAUAAUGAAGUAGCAGUUCCUCUCCCUCCAAAACCCCCACUUGAGACCGAGAAAUAUUUGUCCACCAAUAUAAUAUUAAUGGAGGAGCAAGUUGAUGGGUCGAGCACUGCUAGUACAAUAACCAAUGAUCAUAAACAUGAAAACACUACUACUAUGUGUGUUGAAGGCGAGAAAGAAGAAAUAUUAAAUGACGACAUAUGGGGGCCGUAUGUUGAGGAAGUUAUUAACGGGGGAGAGUUAGUGUUAAAUUUUGAUGAUUUCAUGGACCAUUGCUGGCAGGAAGCAAGUGGGGUUUGGACCAUUUCUGAUGAACAAAGAGAGAGCAAUAUCAAUAUUGUGGUUGGGAAUGAAAAAGUUGAUGACGACAUGUGUACGAACGUAAUUAUGUCGAGUGGGGAUCAUGAUCGGUUGCAUUCUUCCUCUUCCAUUGCUUCGGACUUGGAUCAAAACCUCCUCACUUGGCUGUGGGAAGAUGAAGAUUGGGAGAAGGAUCUUCAGAGCCUUGGAGAGAUUCAUAGUGACAAAUUAAAAGCUAUGGUUGAUUGGUUUCUCUCUUCAAGUUAAGGACCUAGCAUAUGUUCUCUUCUUCUCUGUCAUUUUUUCUUUCCCUUUUUGGGAUGUGAAACUAUGGACAUGGAACCAUUUUGCAUGUCUUAGGGUAGAAUGUAAAUAACGUACGUGUUUGCAUUGAUUCUUGCAUAAUUAGUUGUGCUUAUUAAUCAAAUAUAAAAGAAUGAGAAAAAUAAAUAACUAA